CUCAUUGCACGUUCCACGAUUGUUCGACGUUCUUUUGGAGGGCUGUCCGGCGUGACGUGCCUACGUGCGCCUCGGCCAUCGCUCCUUGCGGCUGCUCGUCACACCCGCUACCUGGUUGAUCCUGCCAGUAGUCAUAUGCUUGUCUCAAAGACUAAGCCAUGCACGUCUGAGUGUGAACACUUUGCACUGUGAAACUGCGAAUGGCUCAUUAAAUCAGUAUCAUUUAUUUGGUGGUCUCCUUACCACUCGGAUAACCGUGGUAAUUCUAGAGCUAAUACGUGCAGCAUAUCCCGACUUCUCGAAGGGAUGUAUCUAUUGGAUAAAAGGCCGAUCCGAGC